CACUGCACAAAUAUUGACCUUGUCCAUAUACUCCCGUAAACCAAUAACCACCAUCACUAACAACUAACAACCUCCUCUCUCCAUCCCUCUAUGGCCAUGGCAACUCAAGUUUCCCUCUUCACCACAACUCUGUCCACCCAAAAUUCCGGUGACCGUGUCGCCGCCCCCAUGGAAAAAUGCCAUUCACCACUGCAAAAUCACUCAAAUUUGUCAUGGCAUCACGCAAAGGGGAAAACCGGGGAAGCUCCAAAAGUGGCAAUAGUUGGGUCCACCCCACCUGAAUUGGCACUUGGGACUCUCCUAAGGAACAAAUAUUUGAAAUGGUUGUUGGUGGUACAGCCAUAAUGAGACAUGGUCAUCUCUAGGGAUAUAGCGGCAUUGACAGAGAUUUGAGAGGUAAGUCUUUGAGAUCUCACUUUCAAAUCGUACUCCUAACUUGAAUGGUGCGUAAAAUAAUAAUAAUAAUAAUAUUAAUAAUAAUGAGACAUGGUCCUAGCUUGCCCAAAUUGGCCAAAAAAGAGCCAAUUUUGACUGGCCUCCUCUCCAAUCACAAUGAUUAAGAAUGAACAUUACUUUGGGUUUGGUUGUACAAGGGUCCAGGAGAAAUUGGGUGUUGGAAUUUGAACUUUGGGCCUGUGUGUUAUUUUUAGCUCACAAUGAUAAAGAUUAAAUUGGGUUUGGGGAUUAAGUGUUUCCUUGUUGUAGGAUUAAGUUUGGAUGUAGGCCCAAAAAAUUGUUGCUGGGCUUUGAGAAAACAGUGACUUUGACUUUUUUCUGGGUAUGUUUUGGCAUAUUCUUCCGCCCUGCCGUCCCCUUUGGGGCUGGAACUUGCUUGUAACAGACGUAAUUAAUGCAGCACGGAUCGAAAAUCAAAGCCUUCCGCGGAUGUUUUGAUGAUAAUGCGUGUUUGUGUUUCCAUUCAAACCCAAAAAAAAAUCUGAAAAGAGUCUUUCGUAUAAAUUUUCAUAUGAUUUCCAGUCACGUGGUUUGGAUACGUGGUUUGAAAUAUUAAUUUUUGUUGAAGACUUUAGCCACAUGGUUUGGAAUAGAAAUUUCAGUAUAAUUUUUCAUAGACUUGAGCGACUUGGUUUGGAAUAGAAAUUUCUGUAUAAUUUCUCAUAGACUUGCUUCUAAUUUCACUGUUUACGCGGUUUGGGAUAUCUGCUGAAGUCUUCGCCCAAGUAGCAUUUUUCAUAUUUAAACGGGGAUGAACUUCAUUCUUAUACACAACAAUUUCCAUCUUUUUUUUUCAUCUGGCUAGACUCUCGUCUCACUCUCUCAUUACAGCUGAAAAAUUGAGCUCAUGGCAAUCAUCCUCAUACCUACUCCCUAUCUUAAUAUCUAACACAUCCCUAAGCUUUCAAAUUUCUCUUUCAUUGAAUCCAAGAUUGCCACCACCAUUAUAUCUUAUAUAUAUAUAUAUAUAUAUAUCCCCAAGCUAGCUUUCAAAUUUCCUUUGAGGGUUUUCUAGUUUCUCUCUCAUUGAAUCCAAGUUUGCCACCACAAUGGGUGCUCAAUCUAGCAAAACAAAGGAACAACAAUAUCUAAACCUCGCGUCCGAAGUGAGCUCCUAUGAGGUCGCGUGUCGAGAAGACCCAUUUGUUCAGUACUACGAUUCCAAACUCCAACAAAGCACCACCCAAUUCAUCGACACCUUCGUAAAUGGGUCGGCCCGGGAUGGGCCACUCUCUCUGAAUUCAGUGAAAGAGCUCACUGGCUGCUUCGUCAAUACGACUCAAGAAGUGGCCGAACUCCUUCUCCAAUUCAAACUUGACAUAUUGAAGAAUGAUGACAUGUACGAUCUCGUGAUUGACUACUUGGAUUACAGUUAUCAGAUUGUGCAAGUCUGUAAUGCUCUCCAGAAGUGCCUCAAACAUGCCCGAUUAAGCCAUUCCAAGAUUCAAGUCGCUAUAGAGCAAUUUGAGGAAGAACAGAAAGAAAGGGUUGAUGGGAAGAGGAAAACUUACUCGAAGACGCUAAAAUUAUUGGAGAAUUUCAAGACGACAGGUAGCCCGUUUACCGAAGAGUUCUCCUCCAUGUUAACAUCUGUCUAUGAAAUGCAGAAGUCAAUGUUAGAGAAAGUGCGAGAAAAGAAGAAAAAGCUUGAUAAGAAGUUGAAGUCAAUGAAUACUUGGAGGAUUGUAUCGAAUGUCAUUUUUGGUGCGACUUGUGCUUCUGUUCUGAUAUGUUCUUUUGUGGCAGCCGCAAUUGCUGCACCACCGUUUGUGGCGGUCUUGGGGGCUGUCACUGCUGCCGGGUUAGGGUCAAUGGGUGGAUGGAUGAAUUCCCUUUGGAUGAGUUAUGAGAAAGAGGUGAAAGGACGGUUAGAUAUAACGAGUUCAAUAAACUUUUGGAUUCUCAUUGGGAAAGCUGACUUAGAAAACAUUCGAGCAGUUGUGGAUAAAUUGAAAAAUGAGUUUGAGUCACUGUUGGAAAAUGCUGUUUUUGCCGUUACAGAAGAUGCUGCUGUGAGGCAGACUAUGGAAGAGAUGAAGAAAGAGCUGAGUGGGUUUAUGAAAACCAUUCAGGAAUUGAGCGAGCAUACUGAGACGUGCAGAGUUAAUGUAAUGAAUGGGAGGAAGGAGAUCUUGGAGAAGAUAAUCAACAAUCGCAACUAACUCAGAUAACACUUAGCUCUACAACUCAUGUAAUUCUCAUGGAAAGCCUUUCUAGAGGCUUCGGAGUGGUUUUUAAUGUAUUUUGUGUGAACUAUUCAUCUCCCUUUUUAAGACUUCCGUACUUUGGUUUGGAAUAAUGUAAUUUGAUGGCUGCGUGCGGUGUAAGCUCGCAACCGUUGAAUAUAGGGAUUGUGCAGCCUCGAGGUCUAUCGCUGCUGAUUGGAGCCUUCUGAGCUCAGUGAUCAAUGCCAUACCUCCACAGGUUGCUUUGUAAUCCUUUUGAUUGUCCCUCUCUCCUCGUUCCAGCUUGCUGCUUUUGAUUUGUAGUGGCUCGGUUGGGAGGUUGUUUCCUGUUUUGGUUGGGUCUGUUUAGCCCUUUGUCUUGCCCUAGGGCUUUCUCUUUUGUUGGGUUUUGCCCUUGCUAUACAGUUCUUCGUUUAUUAAUUAGAUUUUACUUACCCAAAAAAAAAUAUAAUUUGGUCUGUUUAGUUUGGUGUGUUGAAAGAAUGUUAUUUGGUUUGUUUAAUUUGGUGUGUUGAAAUAAUGUAAUUUGGUUGGUUUAGUUUUGAAAGAAUGUACUUUGGAUAGUUUAUUUUG